UCUUUGCCGGAAUCAUCACCCCAAGCCGAAGAUCCACCACCGGAAACCUCUACUCCUCCAGCCAAAGUCGAAAAGAAUGAGAUUCAGAGUUUAACCUCGGAACACAUCAACAACUCCGAGCUAGUUCCUCCUCAUAUCUUAACAAGCCCUUCUUCUUUCCAAGGGAUAAAAAUGGCUGGAGAAGGUGAAGAAGAUGUACCUAGAGAUGCUAAGACUGUGAAAUCUUUGCUUAAGUCGAUGGGUGUAGAAGACUACGAGCCUCGUGUGAUACACCAGUUUCUGGAGUUAUGGUACCGGUAUGUGGUCGAAGUCUUGACAGAUGCUCAGGUUUACUCAGAGCAUGCUAGCAAAUCCAACAUUGACUGCGAUGAUGUGAAGCUCGCUAUUCAAUCCAAAGUUAAUUUCAGCUUCUCACAGCCACCUCCAAGAGAGGUUCUGCUAGAGCUUGCUGCAAGCAGGAACAAGAUCCCUCUGCCAAAAUCGAUAGCAGGACCUGGUGUUCCACUCCCACCUGAACAGGACACAUUGCUGAGCCCAAAUUACCAGCUUGUGAUACCGAAGAAGUCAGUUUCCACAGAACCUGAAGAGACUGAGGACGAUGAAGAAAUGACAGAUCCUGGACAGUCCUCUCAAGAACAACAGCAGCAACAACAACAAGCAUCAGACCUUCCAAGCCAAACUCCUCAAAGGGUCUCUUUUCCACUCUCUAGACGACCCAAAUAAGUAGAUAGACAAAAAGAAAAACUAUAAUGUUAU